AAAAAAAAAAAAAAAACAUGGAGACCAGCUUGGUUGCGUUGACCUUGGCUCUCGUGUGCCUCGCUGGUUUCGGCCCAAUUAAUGUCGUCGCCGACUACGCCAUUUACACCGGCCAAACUUUCAUGCCGGGCCAAAACUUCAGCUACGACAUGACGGUCCACGGCGUCCCUUACGGGCCCUACGAGCUCACCUUCCAAAAUGAUUGCAACCUCGUCAUCUACCAGCACGGCCAGAAGAGGUGGGAGAGCAACACCACCCAGACAAAGUACCGAGACUGCUACCUCACCGUGCAGCAGGACGGAGAAGUCGUCCUCCGCACCAACUACUACUACACACUGUGGAGUAGCGGCGUCAAGUCAACUCUUGGUGACUACAUCUUCUUCCUAACCUACGCCGGUGGCCUCAGCGUUUAUGGGCCCCAGGUGUGGAUAAGCGACAACCCAGUAACCAUGAGCAGUGUAGCUCCGAUGACCACCACCACCGACAUCGUUUUCUACACCGGACAGGUAACAAUGGCGACCUACGGAAUCGUGAUUCAGUUCAAGAACUUCCGGCUGGUCCUCCAGGAGAAGGACUGCAACCUGGUGGUGGAGGACAUGUACGAUGACUUCAAAAUCCUAUGGCAGACCGGGGUAUUCGCCGACACGGGCGACUGUUAUCUGACGAUGAGCCUCACGGGAGAGCUCAUGGUCAAGUACAACAGACGGGACAUACUGUGGAGGUCGGGGGUGAGCUCCGACAGGGCGGGGAAGUUCCUGCUGGCUCUUCGGUACGACGGUAGGAUCGCCGUCUACGGGCCCGAGGUGUGGGGGAUCUUGGACCCGUACGGUGCGCAGACGGCGGUGGGGAGCUCUGCGGAGGGUGCCAGGGUUAUUAUGGCGCUUGAUAGUUGAUCGAUCGAUGGUGUAUCGGGUAGUGAUAAUUAAUAUUUACGUACGUACGUGCCGCUAGCUAGAUGCUUGCGAGGGAAUAAGGAGCGAGGAGUUUUAUCUUCAAACUCUUGGAUUGAUGUCAUUAUUAACUUAUAUAAUUAAUGGCCGUCUACUAGUAAGUCUUCGUGCAAUAAAAUGAGGCUAGCUCGUCUCCUAGAAAUUA